AUGGGCGCCAGAUUAAACGGUCGCGCCGCGCAACAACAGCAACAGCAACAACAACAACAGGCCCAAGCCGACUCCCUCAAAUCCGAAGACGACAUCCCCGCAUGUCAGUCAUGCCGCCGGAAAAAAGCGCGCUGCAGCCGCGAACAGCCAUGCUCGCAGUGCGUGCGAUUCGACGUACAAUGUAUAUACGAUGAUCGACGGUUAAAACCCGGUCUGCGCGCGGGCGUGGUCGACAGCUUAUCGCGCCGCAUCGAGACACUGGAGAAUAUGUUUCUCGGCCAGGAAAUAUUGUGGAAGCAGAUGUGGGAGACGCUGCAUCCGAAUCUGAAAUUUCCCGGCACUUCGGCGGAGGAGACUCGGGGUGAGGGAGAGGAGUCGGCACGGGAUGAGAUUCGCGAUAGGCAGGACGAGUUGAAGAGGUCGUUGUUACAGGUUGCGGCCACUCGAAGGGUAGAUGAGGAAGUCGCGAGACCGGUCAAGAGGCAGCGCGUGGAUAUCUCAGUCGCUUCCUCACCGGAACAGGGAUCAAAUGGGAUGACCGCAGCAGAGAUCAUCGAUUCAGACUUACUUGGCCAACUCGUCGAGUUCUACUUCCAAAACAUCCACCACUGGAUCCCCAUCCUCCACGUCCGCCGCUUCCGCCACCAGAUCCAAUCGUCCGAAGGCCGCGAAAGCGCAAUAUACAUCCUCUAUGCCUUAAUCGCCGUCUGCAUCCGCUUCGUAAUCGACCCCCGAAUACCCGAUGAAGACCGCAAAGCGCGCGUCGCCGAGAGCUGUCGGCAAAAGGUUGUCCUGUGCAGCAUGGAGUCGUUCUCCGUGGAGAAUCUGCAGGCGCUGGUUAUUAUUGCGUUUGAUACAAUUGCGCGCGGUCGGGGGCCGUCUUCUUGGUCUGUUGUCGGGAGCAUGGCGAGGACAGUGGAGCAGCUGCAGCUCAGCGUUGAAGAGGACGAUCUGUACGGGCGAAACCAGACAGGUGAGACGCUGAUUCGAAGGAUGGCAUUCCUGAAACCAUCGACGUGCUGGCGAGAGGCGGAAGAGCGGCGGCGCGUGUUCUGGACUGUUUUUCUCAUGGAUCGCUUCUGCAGCGUCUCGACCGGGUGGAACGUCAGUCUGACGAGCGCUGAUGUGAAGCGCCGAUUACCAUGCGAGGGGGCGCUGUGGCAGCGUGAGGACGAAGCGCGGGCGCCGUACUUUGGCAUCUCCGACACAAAAGGGACCGGACCACACCGGUCUCUACUCGUCAACAGCCAACUCACGACCGAUCCAAGUGAGCGCGACUGCAUCGGCGGCUUCGCAUACUGCAUCGAAGCAACCGAGUCACUUGGCCUCGUGUCCAAUUUCUUCGUCCACCAACCGCUCAAUGUGCAAAAUGCCGACGAGGCCCAACUGUGGCUCAUGCGGUUUAAAGAGCUUGAUCUCCGUCUAGUACAAUGGAAACUCUUCCUUCCCCCCAAAUGGCGCGACGCCUCAACCCUCAACGCCGACGGGAUAAUGGACUCCAACCUGACCCUCGCGCACAUAACGCACAACACCGCCGUAAUUCUGCUCCACCAAGCAAUCGCCUACCCACCACACCACUGGAAAUCCUCGCCCGUAAAACUCCCUUCCUCGUCCUCCGCAGAAACAUGCAUUGAGGCCGCCAACGAAAUUUCCAUGAUCGGGCAGCAGUUCCUCUUGUACUCGCCCAUGCUCACGAACCCGCAGUUUUCGUUUUGUCUGUUUAUUGCGGGGAGAAUGCUGCUUACGCAUGCGAAGUAUAAUGGGCAUGGGAAUGGCAUUUCGGCUGUUCCGGGCGCAUUGGAUACGCUGAUUGCUAGCCUCUUUGAGAUUUCGGGGAGGUGGGCGGGACCGAGAGAUGUUGACGGAUCCGAGAAGGAGAAUUUGGCAUCGGUGUUUGCGAAACGGCUCGUCAGUGCAAGGGACAAUGUCUCGCCGAUGGCGAGGGGCAGUUUGAGUCUUGAUAUCCGGCAGACGGUAUACUCCGGCACUGAAGACGUCGCACAGCCUUCAGGUCCCCAUCCUGCAGAUGCAGCGGGCCGUAUGCAGGCACACACCGCGGGAACGGCGAACGGCAUGACCAUCGGCAUGGGCAUGACAACCCCGGGCCCCGGCGCCGGCCCGAACCACUGUAUCAACCCGUCUGCAGGCUCCCACUCUUCCGCGCACCCAAACACAGAUUUAACGACACUCCAACACCCCUUUGACCUCACCCCGGACCCCUCACUAACUCUCGCCUUCCCUCCACUCCCACUCUCCUUCCAGCAUAACUUCGCCCCCUUCACAGAUACGGACGCAGAUCCAUUCAACCUCCACCUCGGGACGCCCGGGAUGCGAGACCAGGAUUCGAGUGCGAGUGCGAGUGGCUGGGGUGCGAUGGGCGAUACGUCCUCGUUUUAUCAAAGGGUUCCAGUUGCCGUUCCCGUGCCGGAUGGUUAUGGUGCUGCUGCAAAUGGGACCAUGAAUGGUCCCACGAGUGGGUCACCUGGGUCAGCGGAUACGUUGAGUCCGGGGCAAAGGAUCAGUCGGUUUGGACAUGGAGGUGUUGGGGAGGAGGGUGCGGGUGGUGGGUUGGGAAGUUGAUUCAGUUUCAUGUGUUGCGAUGUAUAAUCUAG